AUGUACAUGUCAGAGAUACCUCAGCUGUACCACCGCCUCCCGACAGCGGAUUUCAUGCCUGGUCUCAGUUUCGGGGUGUUUCAGAACCACUAUGAAUCUACUCUUCCCGAAAGCCCCUCCGACAUUUCGUGGACCGGCGGCUUCCAAGUUUUCUGUCUUUUGUUCAUUUCGGCCUUGUCCGGUCGUGCAACAGAUGCUGGAAUGGCAAGCCUGGUAGUAGGGGUGGGUGCGGCUUUGCUGGUUCUUGGGACCUUCAUGACUAGUCUGGCCACGGAAUACUGGCAGACCUUUCUGGCUCAAGGGCUCUGCAUUGGCAUUGGACAGGGUCUCAUGUGGCUUCCUAGUGUGACAUUAAUCUCAACGUACUUUGUGCGCCGACGGGUCUUUGCUGUUACGGCCGCUGCCACGGGAACGAGUACAGGGGGCAUGAUUUUCCCGGCAAUGAUUCAAUAUUUAACACCCAAGAUCGGGUUUCCAUGGGCUGUCCGAUGCAUGGGAUUUGUUGUCCUCUUCAUGGUAAUAAUUAUUCUGGCGCUUCUGCGUCCUCGACUGCCACCGCGGAAGUCAGGACCACUAGUUGAAUGGAGCGCUUUUAAAGAGCCUGCAUACAUGCUCUUCACCUUGGGAGUAUUUCUUCUCUACUGGACUCUUUAUUUUGCCUUCUUCUAUGUUCAAGUCUACGCCACCGAGAAGCUCGGUCUCUCUCAAGAAGCCGGCGUCAAUUUGAUUAUUGUCACCAAUGCCCUCGGAAUUCCCAUCCGUGCCCCUUGGGCUAUCUGGCCGAUCGUGUUCUAUGGACUAGCAUCAGCGGCAGCUAUGGCCUUAUUUGCUGGCACAGUCCCCUCGCUGACAAAAGACCUCGAUAAGAUUGGCACUCGAGUCGGCAUGGCGCUUUCAAUGAUAAGCUUUGGACCGUUGACCCGCCCAUCUGUAGCGGGGGCGUUAAUAGCGCGCACAGGCGGCGGCUACCUGGCUGCACAGAUGUGGGCAGGGGCAGCCUUGAUCGUGGCAGUACUGGCCCUUGUGGGAGCACGGUUCAUAAUAUCGGGACUACAUCUCCGAGCAAAACUUUGA